GUCACUAUGAAACUGGUACCAAUGCUAAUUUUUAGUCUUGGCUAUAUAGUCAAUCUGAAGUAUGACGAGGAUUGAGGAGGAGGAAACAGAUAGAGUGGUACACCCAACAAAGUUGGGCGCAGAAAAAGUGGUAGGCACUUUGCACAAUCUAGGGUGUCACUUGUUUCAAUGGUCCCAAACUCCUAUCCCUGAAAUUCUGUAAUGACAAUAUUGGAGAAAAAUGGAUGGCCACUACAAUCCAACCAUUAUUACUUUUCAGCUUCUGAUAGCGAUUAGGAAGGAAAACUUAGCCAAACUAUUGCUGCUAGUCACUCAAACUGAUCAGGAGGAAAGCUGGAUUCUUGCUUCAGUUUUCAGAUUUUCUGGGGUCAACUCAUGGUGGCCUGUGUUGAUUAACUACAUCUGAAGUACCGAAGUGGAGGGAUUUCAAACUUCAGCAUGUAAACCAGUUAGCAGAGUGAAUGAAUCAGUGAGCUCAGUCAUCCAGAUUUUGGAAUUUGUAGCAUCCAAGUUCAACUGAUAAGUAAUAAAUGGCCAGUGCUAGUGGAAUCUGCUGCAAGAGUAUUAAUUUGCAUGCUGUUACUCAAACUUCUGGCAGCACCAGUAUAUCCUUUACACAAACUCUGCCUCAUGGAUCUCAAGUCUCACCUUUCAACAGCAGUUCAGAAUCCUUAAUCAAUAAGGCCUCUGAUUUUAGAUCCCUCAAAGAUGUACAAAUUUCAGCAAGGUUGAUAGAAGUUUUUCUGGACCUUGCAAAGGACAACACGUCUAAGAAUUUAGAGACCUGUGGAGUUCUUGGCGCCUCUCUGGAAGGAAGGACAUACUACGUGAUCAAUAUAAUAGUGCCAAAACAAGAAUCUGCCAUCAACUCUUGUCAAGCUCUGAAUGAGGAGGAGAUAUUUUCGAUACAAAACCAACAAUCUCUUUUUCCAAUUGGAUGGAUUCAUACGCACCCUUCUCAAAGUUGUUUCAUGUCAUCGGUGGAUCUGCACACUCAGUAUUCAUACCAGGUACAACAAGUAGUUGUGGAAGCAAGCCCAGUGAGUUUUUGUUGGCUUAUCCAUAAGUCAUUUAAUUGGAGUGUCUCCCUUGUGUGUGAAAUAUCUCAUCUACUUUAUAAUUUUCCAGGUUAUGGUGCCUGAGGCAGUCGGCAUUGUUGUGGCUCCAAAUGACAACUCCAGGUAUGCCAUAUACUACUAUCUGAAAGUGCAAAGUUUUCAGGCUAUUGUAAUACGUUUAAUUUGUCCAUUGCAAAUGGAUCUGGAAGAGUAAUUCUUUUAGCUUUGUGUUAAUAAAGUAAUAAUGAACUAGAUCAAAAUGAAUCUGUUAAACUCCAGUGCUUCUUCUAUUAGUGAAGUUACUGGAAAUAAAUAUAUAAAAUGACUUAAUGUACCUUGGGUCGCAACGGAAACAAGGGUAAGGCUGCGUUCAACUUACCCCCAGAUCCCAACUCGGUGUUGGGAAUAUACUAGGGAUAUUCGUGUUGUAUUGAGAAAUAGUUCAAUCUUUAAUCUGACAGACUCGCAGGACACAAAAUUGAAGUUGCGAUGAAGUAGAACUGCAUGAUUAAUUUGUGUAAAUGGCGCUGUGGGUUUGAUUUGUAAUGUGUAUCACAGGAGUUAUGGAGCAUUUAGGCUAACAGAUCCAGUUGGAAUGAGGAUCCUUAAAGAGUGUCAAGAAAAGGGAUUUCAUCCACAUCCAGAACCAGCUGAUGGGACUCCAAUAUAUGAAGACUGUUGCCAUAUUUAUACAAAUCCAAAUCUUAGAUUGGAAGUGUGUGAUCUACGAUGAUAUGAUUGGUGAUGAUGUGAUUUAAGAGUAGCAAACACAGACUUAUGAGAGAUAAUCUAAAGGCCAGAUGUUUUAUUAGCUUUACGAAUUUUGCCCUCACCAUCCCUCCUUAUAGCGAAAAUACAGUUUGUUGCUCUUCUUCAAGUGUGCGCAUGAUCGAAUUGUUCUUCAUAUAUCCUGGGAAUCCCCGGCGAUGGAAAGGCUAUUGCAUGCGCCAUUGGGUUCACCGACAUCAUUAGGCGUCGCUUUGUCUUUCCAUCUGAGAUUACACAAAGUUUUAGUGGCGCGACUACACAACGGAAUAUCAUAGCUCUCUAUUUUGUUGGGAAAAUUUUCCCACGAAAAAAAGGGGGUACUCCAAUUAUUAGUGUAACAUAUUGCACAAUCUAGGGUGGCCAAAAAUUUUGUUACACUCUCAAAAUUAUUGUUCAGUUUGAGUUUUUAGUUUUAGUACUAAAAAUGAAACUCCAAUUUAUUGUCCAGUUUGAGUUUUUAGUUUUAAUACUAAAAUUGAAACUGCAAACUGGACCAUAAUUUCGGGAUGUAAAAAGUAUUAUAUUUUUUACACAUUACUUUUUUUUUUUGGAGAAUGUUUACGCAUUAAUUAGAUGGAUACUUUUCAUAAAACACAAUUUAAAACUAAGAAAGUCUAGUUAUUACUCCCUUCGGACAUUGUACUAAAAAAAAAUUUAUAUAUAAACUGAACAAUUAUUUGGGACAGACAUGAGAAAGUCGAAGUUCUGAUUGGAAUGUUCGAAAUGGGAUAGGACUUUUGACAAAGUAAGUUAAACUAACAUCACAAGAUUUGGGGAGGAGUAUCAUCGUAAAAUUCAUAUGUGUGACCAAAAACAAAUUGAUUGUUAUUGUCUGGGUGUCUUUGCCAACACGAGAUGUAGGUGUACGCUAUAAUAUACUAUCAACGAAUUAAUUGCGACGGGCAUGCUUUGGCUGAAG